GUGGAUGUAUUUUGAUUACUGUGUUGUUUAUUUUUAUAAAUAGCCAGUAAAUAUAAUGACGCAAAUAGAAUGGCAUUUAUCGUUAAUUAAGAAAUUAAUGUUGAGAAUUUUUUUUUGUUAAAGAAACUAGUGAAUUGCAAAGUUAAACAUGUUGGCACACAUUCAUAACUGGUUAUUCUUUGGAUGUGGCAUGCCCUUUAAAACAGACGGUUCUUUGAGUUAAACUGUUCUUUCUUCUUCGACUCCAUGAUUAUAUAGUUACAGACUUCCUGUUUCUUAUUACCAGAAUGUAAAUAUAUAAUUCACUGCUUUUCACAGAAAUGGAAUAAGAGAGAAAAACUAUCCUUCCUUCACAUGCUAAUUAAAACCUUGGAUAUACAAUUAUUAAUAUAUUUAUCUAAAUUGAUAGAUGAACGUCGAUAUCGUGAUUUUAUAGGAGAACUCCCGGAAUGUCUGGCUUGGAAAAUUCUAAGGUUUCUGACAGUAAAAGACUUAGCUGUUGUUUGCCAGGUUUCGUCGCAAUGGUGUUCAUUAGCCAACAAUAACGAAGUCUGGAAAGUUAAAUAUCAUGAAUCUUUUAUUUGUGUACCAAGACAUUUAUAUGAACAAUACCGUUGCUGGAAAGAAAUAUAUCGACAAGCAAGCAAACUUCAUUUUAAUUGGUCGAAUGGAUAUGCCAAGAAACUUGAACUGUGUGGACAUAAAGACAAAGUGCUUUCAUUGUCUACGUACGAAGAUCUCUUGGCUACUGGUAGUACUGAUAACACGAUCAAAGUAUGGAUUUUGUCAACUGCGCAAUUGAAGCAAACACUUGUGGGUCAUAAAAAGAGUGUUUGGUGUGUCCAUCUCUUCAGCCACAAUAUUGUGAUCAGUGGGUCGCAUGAUACAACCAUCAGGAUAUGGAAUAUUGAAUAUGGGACCAUAAUAAGGAUAUUAUUGAGUCACAGAGGUCCAGUGUGGCAGAUCGCAUGCCAAGGCGAUCUAUUAUUGUCUACAUCACAAGAUAUGACAUGCAUUGCAAUGGAGUCUUGUUGUAAGUGCAUGAUGAGCCGGCUGGUGAUACAAAAUGCAUUAUAUCUAACCAUAUAUUCGAACAUUGACAAUAUGCUGCAAAAGUACUGAAAUUAAGAACCUGUUUUUUUUUAUCUGUAGCACAUCAGAAUCAUGCAAAACCUGCAAUCAAGCAAACAAAGAACAACGUUAUAUAUGAAUACGACUGCAAAUUUAAAAGUUGUAAACUUCACGUCUUG